AUGAACACUCAGAUUUCGGAGAUUGAGCAAGAGCAGCUGAUCGAGAAGCUUGAGAUAUUCAAGAUCCAUGGCAGAGACAAACGCGGUCGUAAGAUACUUCGAAUCAUCGGCAAAUUCUUUCCAGCUCGAUUUCUGUCACUGGAUGUGUUAAAGAAGUAUCUGGACGAGAAGAUCUUUCCUCGGUUAGGAAGAAAACCGUUCGCCGUGCUCUACGUUCACACCGGCGUGCAGAGGAGCGAGAAUUUCCCCGGAAUCUCAUCUCUACGAGCGAUCUACGACGCGAUUCCGGUAAACGUCAGAGACAAUCUCCAGGAGGUUUACUUUCUCCACCCAGGACUUCAGUCCCGUCUCUUCCUCGCCACUUGCGGCCGAUUUCUCUUCUCCGGCGGGUUGUAUGGUAAGCUGAGGUACAUAAGCAGAGUUGACUAUCUGUGGGAGCACGUGAGGAGGAACGAGAUAGAGAUGCCGGAGUUUGUGUACGAUCACGACGACGAUCUAGAGUACCGUCCGAUGAUGGAUUACGGUCAGGAAAGCGAUCACGCUAGAGUUUUCGCCGGAGCAGCCGUAGAUUCCUCAGUCUCCAGUUUCUCCAUGAGGUGUAUCUCAUAG